AUGAACGUACAGCCGGCCAAACUAGAAGUGGAUGGUGAACCCAUUUUCCCCAAACGACGUGUAAUUCUCUACGGCCAACGUGAUGGUGUACUGCAGGCCCUUGGGAAAAUGGAGAGCGAUGGCAUAAUCACACGAGUCACAUCCAGUACGUGGGCAACGACAAUCGUGAUGGCUAUCAAGAGUGACGGCAAAACACCGCGAAUUUGUGGCGACUACGGCUUAACACAACCCGCGGCUGUGAAAGUGUGCGGCUAUCAACAUGGAACCGGAGGACUUCAUGAAAGCACUGCAUGGUAG